AGACUUCAUUUUUGAUUAUCUAUUUAUAUAUCUGUCACUCAUCUUCCUAGCGCUUUCUUCCACAACUUCCCCAAGAGUAUAAACACAUAUCUUAUUCUCUUUUUCCUGCUGCGCUUUCAAUACGUAUUUCAGCCAGCAAUUUACAGCGCUCUUCCGCCUCAAUAUCAUUUAUUAUUAUUAUUGUUAUUACUAUUGUUAUCUUACGUAUUGUAGGCAAUAGCCCCCAAAACUGUUUCCCCCUACCCACUCGCUCGCUGCACUGCCCACUCUCUUCUCGUACGAGUGAAAAUGCCAGACACUUCGACCGUGUCAGCGGUGGCGCUGGUGUUGUUCGCGCUGUGGGUCUUCUACAACUACCUGGGGCCCAAGCCAGGGACCGAUGCGCCAGCCACAGCGCGAGCAGCAAAGACAGUGGACCGCCGUCGUCGAGCGAUGGGCGCGAAGACUCUCUCACAGGGGACGCGGCAGCCGAUAUGCGCGUGGCGGCGACGCACUACGGCCGGGAGUACCAGGACCGCGUGAAGGCGACGACGGCCGUGCCGAGGGCUGCGUCGAAGGCGCGCCCCUUCAUCGGCUUCUCGCUCGCCGACAACAUCGUGGACGGGGCGUUGGUGGUGGACGGCGUGUUCGUGGGCGGGCCGGCGGACCAGACCGGCGUGGACAUCGACCACGAGCUGGUGUCCAUCAACAACGAGCCGGCGACGAGCAUCGCGGAGGUGCGGCAGCUGGUGGAGAAGCACUGCCGGCCCGGGCAGGUGACCCGCAUGAAGCUGCGCAAGGAGGACGAGGGCUGCGAGUACGAGGUGAUGCUGUGGGUCAUGACGAGCGAUGAGAGGUACCGCGGCCGGCCCUACUUCUUCGACACGACGACGAACGAGGUGCGCCAGAGCGAGCGGCUGAAGCAGGCAUGGCGGCCGGGUGACUCGCCCGUGAAGUAG